CGCGCGUCAUGUAUUCUCUCACCGGAGCUCCGAUUCCUACCUCGAUUCUGUUUGAUUUCUUCGCUGCAUCUCAAGUUGUACCUGAAGUUAGGCGGAAGCUUGAUUUUCCUCCUCUCUGUCGACAAUAAACCAACUUCAGAGUUAGGUGACAUAAUACACAUAUAGCGCCAAAUAUGACUUCUAGUUAAGCUGGAAGAAAGACUGCAACACUCUUUUCGACGAAUUUCACAGUCCAACGGGAGAAUUUUCUUAACAAUUUUCAGAAGAUAAAUUUUCCCGUUGGUUGCCGAACGUGUAGAAUUCAUCUCGAGAUAAAAGCGUUGCGACUUUUCUCUCAUUAAUUGUGUGGAUGGAUCACGCUUGGGUAUAUUCGUAUACACCCAAUAUUUUACAUCUUUUGGAAAUGUUUAACCUUCCGCAUUCUUUGAUCAUUUAUUUUCUACGGUUCUCUGGUUCCUUAUUUGACCGAUGGAGUUGCGAACAAGAGUCAUCCCGAGAGAAGAACGGGGAUCUUUCCGCGAACGUGCCGUUCGAUAUUGUCCGCGUGAAGGAAACGUUACGCCAUGACGCGCAUUUCACCGCACAGCUGUCACUCGUAAACAACGUAAACAACGUAAACAGAACGGUGCCAGGACUCAGCGCAUACAUAGAUAAGCAGCUCGAUCGUUCCUGAAGCCAAGAUGUCUGUAACAGAGGAGAGAAUCCAGGAGUUGAAUCAGCAAUUCUUGGACUUCAUGAGCAAGCCGGAGAACAUCGAAACAGCCACGAAAGAGAUUUACGAGGAUCUGUUGGACGAAGUUCUGAUGGGUUUCGUUUUCGACGUUCAUCGUACCACGAAGACCGGUAGUUCCGACGUCGAGGAGGGCAUCCCCGAUGACGAAUCCUACGCCAUUGUCGACACGCCCGGUCUGGACGUGUUCGGCCAGCAUCCCGUGAAGAAGUCGCAGGAGUGCAUCUGCCCGAACUGCGACCGCAGCGUGGCGGCAUGCCGGUUCGCAACACACCUAGAAAAAUGCAUGGGCAUGGGUAGAAACAGCUCGCGCAUCGCAUCGCGACGCAUCGCCAACAACUCCAAGGACCUGAGCACUUACGGCGGCGUGAUAAGCGACGACGACGACGACGUCGACUGGAGUCUGACCAACGACAACAAGCGCCGACGUCCGCGCAAAGACCGCAACGGCAUGAACAAGCGUGCCAAACAGCAGAAGCAGCAGCAACAAGCCGGCGGCGGCGCGCAGCAGAGGAACGGCGAGGCGAUGAGCGAGCACGCGCACAGCAGUAACGAGAACUCACCGUCCAAUUACGAGAACAUGUCGCUGGUGGACAAGCGGGCGCUGCUCACGCAGAUCUGCGGCGUCGUGUCCGAGCACACGAAGAAGCUGUGCACCCGCUCGAUGCGCUGUCCGCAGCACACCGACGACCAGCGCAAAGAAAUGCGCGCGAAUUUAGAGUCCGGCAGCCAGCAAGACAAUCUCCACGUGGACGUAGACACGUACGAAGAAGCUGACGGACAGAAUCUGCGGGAGGCUUUGGCGAGAUGGGACAGGGAGGGCUCCAGCCACUCCAGCCCGGCCGAUUCUGCAUCCACCACGUCGACUUCGUCGAUCAGUCGGAAGCGGGAGACCAAGUCGAAGGGCAAGGGCAAGGGUUCGAAGCGUGAUCGCGGUUCCCCGAUCUCUCAGGGUGACUGAGGCGGUACCGGCCACAUCUCACGGCGGCAGGGAAAUGUACGAUAAUGUUCCUAAGCGCUGUAUAUAAAGCUAAGAAUUUGCUGUAUAUAAGGCUAAAAUGUAAAAAAAAAAAA